GGAAAGCCCAGGUUCCUGCCAGCGCCUGGCUGAAGAGAUGCAUAAACAAUUAAAUCUUCCCCACCAAGGCGUCUCUUCACCAGGCCUUCUAAUCACUUUGACCUGCCACCCGACUGCCCUGUUCCUCUCCUCAAAAGAUCUGAAUAGCCCUCCUGUCUCUUGUCCCGAGAGGCGGAACGACCAACAGAGGAAUCAUUGUAGCAUUCGAGACAAGUCUCGCGCACGCGCGUAAAUCGGCUGAACCUCCAGCUUUCGCUCAUUCAACUCCAACUCCGUCAUCGCCGGACCCCGCCGACGUCAGCGCCUAACCGCCGCGUCACUGAAACGUAUCCUACGAACCCAACUGCGAAGCGCAGCGGCCUAUAAACACCGAGUCGCCCGUUUCACGAUUUGUCCUCGUGUCGAAAAGUCAUACCAAGGUACAAGAUGGCGUCAGUAACGUCCUUAGACAAGGAUUUGCGAAAGUUGCGCCUCGACAAGUAUACGCCCACUGCUGCGAAAGAGGUCAGUACCUGGAUUGAGGGGGUUUUGGGAGAGAGGUUGCCUUCUGGUGACCUCCUUGACGGGCUGAAAGAUGGCGUCGCUUUGUGCAAAUUGAUCAACCUUGCGAUACCAUCACCCGGCGUAAAGUUCAAGAAGUCUGCGAUGCCUUUCGUUCAGAUGGAGAACAUUUCGCACUUUCUGCGCGCCUGCAAACAGCCCCCUCUGAACCUUCAAGACCACGACGUCUUCCUCACCGUAGACCUUUUCGAACAAAAAGAUCCUGCCCAGGUGCUGCAAUGCCUCGGAGCCUUUAGCCGUGCCGCACACGCAGCAAACCCGGCCAACUUCCCGUCGCCCAUCGGCUCCAAAACCCGCGGGGUGAUGAGCCCUCAAGGCACUGGGCGUGGAACCCCUUCGCCUACGAGAUCGCGCGGGUUGUCCAAUGCAUCUGGAUUCGGUUCCCCUCGGCCUAACCUGUCCAGUGCCAAGACUGGAGACCCGGGCUCGGGGAGAUGGAGUCCGACCAAGCCCACCUCUCCCGUUAGCAGCUGGAGUAGGAAGGAACAUGAAGGCGCGACUUCUCCAGCAUGGAACAUCGCUCAGUAUGGCUACAUGGGCGGUGCUAGUCAAGGAAACCUAGGCAUUUCGUUCGGAAGCCGGCGGCAGAUCACAAGUGCUGGUCCCUCUGUUCCUAGUCUUGCCGAGAAGGAAAAACGGCGAAAAGAUAAAGAAGUCGAGGAGGAUCGUCAGCGGCAACAGAUGGAGGAGCAUCGACGCCAAAAAGACGAAGAGCUCGAGCGCGAAGCACGUCUGCGAGAAGAGCGGGAGAUUCAGCGUCUCGUGGAGGAGAAGCAAAGACAAGCCGAUCAAGAGCGACGCCAAUGGGAAGAGGAAGAGCGCAUGUGGAAGCUGACAGAAGAGAAGCGUCGCAAGGAGGAAGCAGAGGCCGAAAACCGCUUGGCCGAGGAACGAAACCGCGCCAGAAGCAAGAGCGAUGCUCGCCUGCGGGGACAAUUUCUCAGCCAGUACCAGUCGGAGCAGGGUAUCAAGCCCCAGAAGACCGGGGCUGACCGGAUUGCUGAGCUGGAGAAGGAGCUCGAAGAAGCUCGGGAGCGAGAGAGACGAUAUGAGCUUGAGCGCCAAGGGCGUCCGGGAAGGGCCCUUGCCGUCACCAAUGAUCCCAAGGCCCGGCUUAGGUCUAGGAGUCGGCCGUCAGACGGAACACCCAGCCGCCAAGAUUCAUGGUCCAGAAACGAGCGCGAGGUGCUCCAGACUGCGUGGUCUCAACACCAAGAGGCGCAAGACGAUGAUGAGCCCCCUGCACCGCCCCCGAGAUCUCCAAGGCCCCUUCCGGAUCCGAUGGCAGUCGCUCAACCGCCUCAAAAUGUUGUGGCUCACACGACGGGUGGUCGACCUCUUCCAGACCCCGCCGCGUACAACGCGGCGACUCAGGCCCCACCCAGCCGAACAGACCGGUUCCUCGCUAGCAACGCCGCACCGGCCUUACCCGCCGCUAAGCAGACUUACUCUCGCGAGCUGAGCGCUACGGCAGAGCAAGAUGCUGAGGAUCGCCGACACGCCCAAAGCCAGAACAAGACCAAGGCAGGAGGCUGGGCGUCCAAAUCGCUCCUCGAGCGCGAAAUGGAGAUGGAACGUGAGCGUCAACGUGAAUGGGAAGAAGCUCAGAAGGAGACGGCCAAGGCUGUUCCUGCUGGGAACGGCGUCGACGGUAUUGGCGGUGGCAUCGGAGGCCGCUGGGAUGUCAGCCAGUGGUCUGGUUACACUGGGGGCGACAACCAGAACAAGGGCGCCCAGGGAAUUGGAGCUGGUCGUAGACAAAUUGUCGGACCGAGACCGCUGCCUAAUGUCCCGCGAUAAAUUUCGUACAAUACUAGUAGAGGGGCGCAUCGUUUCAGCAGAGGGCGCAACGGGAGGCUUGGUCAUGGAAACCCCAGUUUGUGUAAUCUGAAUAUACCACAGAUGACGGAGUACAUUGAGCGAAGCAGAUGUUACUUAAUGGAUGG